AUGUCCCCAACACGGGCAGCACCAAAUAUGAUGCCCGACUACGAGAUUCGGCACCUGCUCAACCCAACUGCAAUGCUCAGCCCUGAACAUGAGAUCGAAAACGAGGAUAACUUCGAGCUGACGUAUAAGAAGCGGUAUGCCGUCACAGGCGGCGACAUUGAAGCUGCUCUCAUUGCGGCUAACAACGAUGGCUUCAACGCUGGCAACGCAAAAUACGAGGCGCAAGUCGAAUGGGGUUACCAGCAGCAGACACUUUCUGUUAGCCGCAAAAAAACGGCAGCGGACUCUGGGAAAAGCGGAAUGGACCUGCCAGGAACAAGCAACUCCCGUAAAAUGCUGAUCGAUAAUGCGCCGAACAAGUUCGAUAAUUGGAGGCCCAACAAAUGGGGCACUGACACAUUAGCAGUAUCGCGCAUCUUUGGCCCGGUCCUCGUGAGGCGCUCUGUUGGCUCGUGGAACGAGAUGCCUCUAUAUCUGGAGAUCUGGCCCCUCUUGAACCUCCAGGGUACGGGGAUUGAGUACAUUGUUGAAGCUUCUUUCAAAACAAAGAGCCACAAGACAGCCUUAAUCGAGCAGACCAACUUAACUGCUUACUUGCAGAGCAAGGGUUGGUUUCUCGCACGGGGCUCACUAAAGCCAUCGCUUAUUAUGGAGCGCUACUGA